AGGUAAAAUGCAAGCACCUUUCUACGGAAUACAAAUAACCAUUAGGUUAUCUGUUUUUGGAUUAUCUUAAAAACAAAAAAAUUGAAUAUUAAAAACUGAAUUUUUUCAAUGCUAAUAUCUAAAUGACUGUGGUAUGUAGGCUGUGGGUUAGUGCCGACCAUUGACUAUACUAAAACUUAUAACUUAUACAUUUAUAACUUUUUACUUUAUAGUAUAAAGUCAAUGGUACCGAUUGCCGGCCUAGUGUAAAUAGGUUCUAUCAGUAGUUUACGGAAACCGAUUGGUCACACUGAUGUGUUUAUGCUUCGACAAAAUUGGUUGGACGGGUGGGUAGAUUGUUUGAUAGAAGAGAAGAGCGGAAUCCCACCCAAAAACGGCAAAACCUAAACUCGAGUACUCGACGUGCCCCCUUCCAUAUCCCUUUCAUUUUCGUUUUAUGUUUGUAAACAACAAUAUUAAUCACUGUUUUCGUUUUUGCGCUAUAAUAUUUUCACAUCCGUGAAGUUUUUGAUUUGAACGUGUCCAGCGAUGUCGUUUGAAUUCGAUGCUUUCCCGCCCGUGACGUCCAUCCGCCAACGUCGUCAUCACCGCAAUGUGUUUGCCGCCAUUUUCGUGUGAGCGGACGAUCACCGGACAACGGGCGCCAACUUCAGUCGACUCGACGAAACCAAAAACAUUGGGUUUUAUUGGAUAUGUAUUUAGAAACAAUCAUUGUGUAAUUAGAUAAAUAAUUACAAAUUUGACAAGUGUUGCUUAACUUGCAUCAUUUUAAAAUGAAUAAAAAAUUAUUUAUGGCAAUGAGCCGCCGCCGUAUAUCAUGCCCAUUGGCUGUUCAACAGCUGUGGGAUGCUGUGAAAGUGAUACGUUUUCAAAGGCAGGUACCAGAUAUCGAUCGCAUCACAAAAUAUAUGACUAAAGUCCACAAUAUGUCACCAGAGGAAGUCGGAAGACAAUUAAAUUAUUGUGUACGUGAUGGUCUUUUAAUUUUAACCAAACGAGUUGGUAACAAAGGUUCUAAAGCGGGAGUUGAAACUGAAGGAUAUAAACUUCCAGAAGAAAAAGCUGACAAGGAUAGUCAUGAUUGGUACUGUUUUCAAUGUCAUAGUGCUGGAGAUGUUAUAAGUUGUACAUCUUGUUAUCGAGUUUUCCAUCUUUCAUGUAUUGAAAAAAAGGACUUGCCAGAAAAUGAUGUUAAGCAUAAGUUUAUUUGUAAUAUAUGCAAAAAUUGUGCUUCUACUAAAGAAGCUUGUAAAAAGAUUAAAAAAAGUCAGCUUAAUAGGCUUCUUUAUCAUACUACUGGCAGAUUAAGAGAAAAAAUACCUUUACCAUGGUCAGAACGCAAAAUUGCUACCACAGCUCCAUCAACAUAUGUUUCAGACAGACUUCAGUUUCAGAGUCAAUUAAAAGGCAGUGAUUUACACUUUAACAUGAAAUCUGCAUUAAAAGACAAAGAUCCUUGGAGGAUAAAUCUUCUUAUUUUCAAAAUUAUAGAUCUUCAAAUGAUUGAAGAUAAAGCUGAUGAUGAUGAGUAUAAAAAUGUUGAAGAGUUCCGAGCAGAUAUAUUAACCUUUGUUCACAAUAUUAUUAUUUUUCAUGGCGUUCAUAGCAGUUUAGCUGAUUAUGGCCGUUUAAUGUUGAGAGAUUGCAAUCGAGAUUUGGAUGAAAUAAUGAGAUGCCGUUAUUGUUACAAAUAUUCUAUACAAAAAAAUUCAAAAUUUUGGUUUUGUAAGCCAUGUAAACCCCCACACGAACUAGUGUAUGCAAAACAAGAAGAUUUUCCAUAUUGGCCAGCAAAAGUUUUAAAAAUUGAGGGUGAUAUGUAUGAAGUAAGAUUUUUUGGUAGUGAACACCAGCUCGGAAUUAUUGACAAAUCUCAAAUACGACCAAUAUCGGUGAACAUUCAUACUUUACAGUCUCAGGGUCGUACUUCUCAAUGGAACAAAGCAUGUGAGGAAUUGCGUCGCCAUCAACUUCAACUGGACAAAGUUAUAUUUGGUCUUGCUGCACAAUCAUCAUCCUCUUCAUCUAGUUCAUCUUCAGAAGAUGAAGAAGAACCACCUAAAGUAGAAGCUUCACCUAUUCUAAAACGUUAUGAAAGGAGAAAAGUUAAAGAACAGAAAACAUCAAUAAAAGCCGAGGCAAAAGUUGAAACAGAUACUGAGGAAUCAGAAUCAAAAGAUGAAGUAAAACCUGUAAAAAGAAAACGAGGUAGACCAUUAUCUCUAGAAAAAAAAACGAGUCCGCCCAAAAAAAUUGUAAAGAAACCUUUAUUAAUUAAAAAAACCAGUCCUGAAAACAUUGUAGAAAAAAGACCUAGAGGUCGACCUAGGAAAGUAAGCGAACCCUUACAUGUAGAUAAUACUCCAGUAAAACAUGUGAAAACUAAAGUUAAAAGUCCAAAAGAAAAUAUCAAUGCAUCCGAAGGAAUUAAAACAUCAAAAAGUGCAUCGCCAUUGAAAACAAAAUCUCCAGUUAAAGAAAAUGAAGUAGAUGAAAAUAUAACAUCUACAACUGAAAGGUUAAAAGAUCCUGAUGUUGUUGAAGAUGAAACAGUUAGUUCUUCAUGUCAAGAUUUAGUACGAUCAGUUAAAGUGCAAACUAAACCAAUCAGUAAAAAACCACCUAAAAGCUAUAUAAACAAGAUUCGUGCUGAAAUGGAAAGUGAAAAACGUAAAGCUAUUGAACAAAUAAUUGAACAACAUAAAGAGGAGAUUGCUUUAUUGCAAGAAAACCACAAUAUUGCACUGUCUGAAGUGAAGAAAAAACAAUGGUGUGUGAAUUGUGAAAGUGAAGCUAUUUAUCAUUGUUGUUGGAAUACAGCAUAUUGUAGUCCUAAAUGCCAACUAAUUCAUUGGAGUAGUGAACAUAAAAGGCAUUGUCGUCGAAAAAGAUGAUCUUAAGCUAUUUAUGGGAGUAUUUUAACUAAAGGAAUAAUAUUUUAGUUGAAACUGCCAUGUAUGUACACACAUACUUACAAUAUAUUUAUAUUUAAAAAUGUAUUAUUAGCUUAUACUAACUAAUUCAAUAUUUCACUAAAUUGAGUAAUUAAUUUUACGUGUAAUACUAUAGUGUUUAUCAUUAAACAUUUAUAAGAACAAUAUUACUUAAAAGUAACAUGAUUUUUCAGUAACACAAGUAUUAUUAAAUUUACAAAUUUUUAUGUUAAUUUAUGUAUUUUUGCCGAUUGACUUAGUACCAUUAUUAUGAAUGUAUUUGAUUCAUUCAUAUACAAAGUGUAUAGUGAAAAAUUGUCCUAAUAUUUCAAACAUCUUAAAAGGUAUGUUUGGUAAUUUUUUUUGAAACCCUAUACAAUAUUAUAUUUUUUAAUUUCACCUAUUUUUUUUUCAAGCUAAUCGGCAAUAAAUUAUUUUACAAUAGUUGCUUAUUGGACUUGUGGUUAAUUGACUCAUUUGUCUUUUGGACUGAACAGGCUGGCCAGUAUACUUGCAUAUGUACUAUUAUAUUCUGUCACCUAUAGAGUACAACUCCCUGCUAUUUUAAAUUAAUAUCUUUAUGUCUAAUUUUUUUCACUUAGCAGCAUAUUAAAUCACAGAGAUGCAUAAACCACAACGUAUUUUGGUCAUCUUUGACUAUUGCUCUCUUUGUGUGUUAAGUAUACCAAGAUUUAAUGUGUUCAGGACAAAUUAUACCGGUUUAAUGGGUCAAUUAAUUAAGUCAUAUAAUUAAUAACUAAUAAUUAUAUUCAAUUAAGUGAAUAUAUUUAAAUGCUAAUAAAUAAAAAAUAAUAAAAAUGAUUAAGUACAUUUCUCUAUUUUACUUAUUAUUACAUAUCUAUAUUUAUUAAAUACAUACAUCUUUUUAUUUUAAAUCUUUCGCCUAAUUGAUUCAUUUGGUUAAUGGACAUGCAUGUUCUGGUCCCAAAUCAAGUCCAAUAAGUGGCAUUUACUGUAUUUAUUAAAAAUAUUCAUCAAAUUUUAUAAUAUAUAGGACACUGUGUAGUUAAAGUUAAUUUGUUAUUAUAAUUUUCAUCUUCAUUUUAUUAAUUUGAAAAAUAUAUUUAAAUUUUCAAAUUUUACCUAAGCAAAGAAUGUAUUGGACUAUUGGUUUUUUAUAUUGUUUUGUUGACUUUUGUACAUUUUUUUUUUAAGUUUUUGAAUAAUGAAUAUUCUAAUUUGUUAAACAGACUUUUUUUU